UGGAGUUCAGUGAUCUGUGUUAAUGGAGUCACUGCCGCCCAGGAACUCUGGGCAGGUUCCUGUCCCGUCAAGAGUGCUGGAGGCCGAACUUGGAAUACAAGUUUAAGGUUCCCUAGAGGACGAAGGAUAAGGAGCUGAGCUCCCCGCUCCCCCUCCCAGUCUGCGGCGGGAGAGGCCAACCCCGACCCUGGGGUGCGCAUGUGGGCCCCGGUGGGCGUCCUGACCUCGCUGGCGUACUGCCUCCACCAGCGGCGGGUGGCUCUGGCCGAGCAGCGGGGGUCUGACGACCAGAAUUCCGUCGACCGAAGCCUGCUGGAGUUGAAAAUGGUGCAAGUUGUGUUUCGACACGGGGCGCGGAGCCCUCUCAAGGCGCUUCCGCGGGAGGAGCAGGUAGAGUGGAAACCCCAGCUACUAGAGGUCCCACCCCGAACUCGGUUUGAUUACACAGUCACCAAUCUAGCCGGUGGCCCGAAACCACAUUCUCCUUUCGACUCUCAGUACCACGAGACCACGCUGAAGGGGGGCAUGUUUGCUGGACAGCUGACCAAGGUGGGCAUGCAGCAGAUGUUUGCCCUGGGAGAGAGGCUGAGGAAGAACUACGUGGAGGACAUCCCCUUUCUUUCGCCAACCUUCAACCCACUGGAGGUCUUCAUUCGUUCCACUAACAUAUAUCGGAAUCUGGAGUCUACCCGGUGUUUGCUGGCUGGGCUUUUCCAAUGUCAGAAAGAAGGACCUGUCAUCAUCCACACUGAUGAAGCAAGCUCUGAAGUCUUGUACCCCAACUACCAAAACUGCCGGAGCCUCCGGGAAAGAACCAGAGGCCGGAGGCAGGCUGCUGCUUUGCAGCCAGGGAUCUCAGAGGAUUUGAAGAAGGUGAAGGAAGGGAUGGGCAUUGCCAGUAGCGAUGGAGUGGACUUCCUCAUCCUCCUGGACAACAUGGCUGCUGAGCAGGUGCACAGCCUCCCGAGCUGCCCCACGUUGAAGAGGUUCGCAUGGAUGAUUGAGCAGAGAGCGGUGGACACAGCCUUGUACAUCCUGCAAAGGGAAGACAGGGAAAGCCUUCAGAUGGCAGUGGGCCAAUUCCUCCACAUUCUGGAGAGCAACCUGCUGAACGUCGUGGACCCUGCCACUCCACCCGGCAAGACCAGAAAGCUGUACCUCUAUGCAGCUCAUGAUGUGACCCUCAUGCCUCUCUUAAUGGCCCUGGGGAUUUUUGACCACAAAUGGCCCCCGUUUGCUGUGGACCUGACCAUGGAACUCUACCAGCACCGGGAGUCUAAGGAGUGGUUUGUGCAGCUCUAUUACCGUGGGGAGGAGCAGGUGCCGAAAGGUUGCCCUGACCGGCUCUGUCCACUGGACAAGUUCUUGAACACCAUGUCAAUUUAUACCUUGAGCCCAGAAAAAUACCACACACUCUGCUCUGAAGCACAAGUGAUGAGACUUGGAAAUGGAGAGUGAGUGAUUUGUACAAGUAGGAUGUGUUGAUUUUUUUAAAUAAAAUGCCUUUACACAAUG